AUGGCUCCAUCCUUUCUCAGCUUUGCGUCACUUUACGCCUUCUAUCUUCGUCGUUGUUUCACCUCCUCUGGCCUUUCGCAAAAAUCCAUCAACGUUAGUGAUGAGACCACCAUCCACUUUUGGGCUCCCAAUCAACUUCACCAAACCAAACCAACUUUGGUCUUCAUUCAUGGCUUCGGUCCUGUCUCUCUAUGGCAAUGGCGCCGUCAGGUUGAAUUCUUUGCACCUGACUUCAACUUGUACGUCCCUGACUUAAUAUUUUUCGGUGAUUCAACAACAAAAUCCUUAGAAAGAUCUGAGAUCUUUCAGGCAGAGUCCGUGGCAAAGCUGCUUGAAACAUUAGGGGUGGAGAAGUAUUCUUUGGUGGGCACAAGCUAUGGUGGGUUCGUGUCAUACCACAUUGCAAGGCUGUUUCCUGAGAGGGUUGAGAAGGUGGUCAUAGCAAGCUCUGGAGUUAACAUGACGAAGAAGGAUAAUGAAGAGCUUGUGAAGAAGGCAAAACUGGAAAAAAUUGACGAUCUUAUGUUGCCACGGACACCUUCAGAUUUGAGAGCUUUGUUUGGUGUCGCUGUGUCCAAGCGUGGUCUCCAGAUGGUUCCUGAUUUUUUCUUGAAUGACUUCAUAAACAAAUUGUUCGCAGAAAAUAGGAAUAAGAAAGUGGAACUUCUGAGGGGAUUAACCAUUGGACAGGAUGAUGCAGUAAAUAUUUCUUCACUUCAACAGGAUGUCAUGUUAGUAUGGGGAGAUAAAGACCAGAUAUUUCCUCUACGGAUGGCUAAGGAAUUACAAAAGCUAAUUGGGAAGAACGUGAAGUUGGAAAUAGUAAUGAACACAUCCCAUGUACCCCAAAUUGAAAAUGCAGCAGAAUUCAACCAAAUUAUCAAAACUUUCUUAAGUACCUCUCCCAUAUCUAAAUAA